UUUUCGCUCGAUCGAUCGCUCCUAUUGCGAGUUUGCUCGCGCGGUUUCAUGGCCAACGAGCCGCGAUUCGCGAUCCAAGCCACGCUACCGCGGUAUCCUCGAGAAGUGGAUAAAACUCGAUGAAACGCGUUGCUCGAAUCGCCGAGCCACGCCACGAUGAUUCAUUCUGGCGCCGUGAUUCUGCUUUGCCGACACGUUAGUUAACGAAGGAAUCGCGCGAGUCGAAAGAUUCGUCAUUUCGUCUGGCAAUUCGAUGACAAUGCGCGUUUUGUUCCAUGAUUUUCCGAUAGUUACACGCACCGACGCAUCCGCGAUAAAACGCGAUCGGACCUCGCGUGCACCGCAUUCCACGAUAAAUCUUUUGCACGGUCGAUGAACGUUCGUUUCGAGCGAGUUUGAUCGUCGAACGGUUCGCAGCAACGACCACGGUGAUAUACGUUGGUUUCGUGUGUGACGACAAGCGCGGACGCGUUUUAUCGCGAUAACCGAGCUUUUGUUCGAGGCCGUUUCGAGGAACGAACGUUCGCGGUCGGAAGCGACGCGUUAGAGGAAAGACCGCAUCCUCGAUGAGACAUCGAGCGACAAAUAGAUUCGCCAACCUUUCCGCUUCGCCUUCUCCCUGUCGCGUAGUCGCGUCGCGUCGCAUCGCGUCGUUCGCUUCGUACCGGUAGUCACGGACAGUCGAGAAUCGUCGCGAUUCUGUUGUUUCACCGUUGCUCGUUGCCAGUCGUUGCGUCGUCUUUCGUUUCUUAGCUGCCGAUGGUGUUCGCCGAGAACGGACGAAGAACGGUAAUACGUGCGCGGUGUCUCUGUUCUCUGUGCGCCGUGGGGAUUACGCGGAAACUCGUCCGAGAGUCGGCAAUCGACGACCUUCUCGGAAGAAAGAACGAUCCGACGCGAGAUGCGAUUACGACCGCGAUUUCUUUCUUACACGGUAAUUCACGAUUGCGACAGCUACGCGAUCGAUCGACCGCUUAUUUUGGUCGGCUUAAGAAAAAAAAAAAAAAAAAAAAGAAAGAAAGAAAAACACACGUUUCUAUACGCAAACGCUACGGCGAUACGGAAAAUUCGGCGCGCGCGUUGGUUCGCGACCGAUGCAGGACGGACAGCUCGUUACCGCCUCCGGAAGCGAUUGAUUGCGAACGCCGCUAAUUAGCUUACCAUAUACCGAUAAAACCUGCCUCUUUGCCUCUUUGCCUCUUCGCCAGGACGACCGAGAACGGUCGGUCGGCUCGAGUUCCUCCGAUUUCCCCUCUGCCUAGGCAUCCCGCGCGCUCGCGUGCCUUGCACACCCGUCCUCUUGCCGCUUCGCGAUCCUCCUUCUCCUCCAUCUCCUCCUCCUACUUCUGCUCUCUCUCUCCGCCUUCUGCUCGGCCAGGCUAAAGCAGGAUACGGUCGUUUCCGGAAACGCGAUCGAGAUUACGCGCGAAUCGUACGCCGCAACCUUCUUCCUUUUUCACGCUCGAGAUUGCGUCGCGAGCGUGGCGACCUCGAGAACCUGCUUCGGAAAGAACGUUGCCCGCUUUGAAUUUCGCGCCACGCCGUGCCAUGGUUAUCGGGGUCGAGCGACGUUCCGCCGUAGAGCGAAAGAGACAGAGAGAUAAAGAGAGAGAGAGAGAGAGAGAGGCUCGUCGGCACGGCGCAUGAUUUAAAAGCGGACCACCUCGCUAAAUUCUCGAACCCCCCCUGGGACCACCAAUGGAGUUCUUUCGAAGAGGAUCGGAAUCUCCGUGAGAGCGGUAAUCAGGGAUAACGAGGCGGUCGAACCGACUAAACGGCGGCAAGGGGAGCGCGCGGUUAGAGAAUUCUCUCACAGGGCUCUUCUUCCGACCAAUUACCUCGGUUCUCGGCUCCUACCCUAAAUACCUAUUGCCUCUCUUUCGGUGGUCGAUAUCCCCGAGCGGGCCAGCCGUGUGGGCCGUCCAUCGUCCUGUUCCAACGUUCUCCACUUAACUGCGAGCUGACCAGCCGAGGAUACGUUUGCGCCUUCUUCCUCGUCUACGGUCUACCCGACGAUGUUACAACGUGUACCUCGCCUUGCAAUUUCUUCGUACGUUAGUCGCGUGUUUGAAAAUUUCGCGCGGCCCGAGAAGGUCGUCCGGCGGCCUGGGUCGAGAGAAAGCAGCGCGCAACGUCUCGCUCGAUGGACUCUCGUAAAUCAUCCUAAUGGAAGAUGGAGCGGCCGACGGUUUCAAAGAUUCCACGAAAAUCGUUCCGAUCGAGCCGAAAGAUAGGGAUAAGCCGAAAGAUAACGAUGAGCCGUAAGAUAAGGCGCGGUAACGACAGGGUCCCUCGAGACUUCCGCAAAUUUAUCGUCCGUUUUUCUGAUCCUCGGAAAACUCGAGCUUCCGGUCGAGUCGUGGGCUCGCAACUCUGGCAGAGUCGAACGUACUCUGACGUCGUACUCUCGCUAUCUGUUGGAAAGGAAAAGCGUGGCUUUGUUUUUCGAGUAACGCUCGGCGAACAUCGCGCGGUAGUUACGCGCGCGAAGGCUGCGUACGCUCGAUUCGCCGAAAAUAGCCGCUAGUGUAACGCGCGCGCGUAUCGGCCAACGUGGUCGCGUCGUAGAAUCGCAAGAGAAAAUAAAUUUCGCGACUGGAAUCUGUUCGAGGAAUCGUUUCUUUUCGUUGAUCCCGCGAAUCGGAAUGUUACGAUGGAAGAAAGACGAGUCGCGUGGUUCGCGUUUCGCGGUUCGCGCGUGGUCGCGUAGCCGAGCGGACCGCGACGCUGCCAACGAUAUUUCGAAAACGGCGCUUCCCACGCGAACGUCUGUUCAGCGUUUGCCGCUCGUUUAUUUUGCUAAUUCAAACAAAUGCUCUCGAUCGAUCGUUUAUGGCGCGCGGCUGGCACGUCUUUUCGCGGCGUGGUUUCUUUCUCGCGAUAAGCCUCGGAGGAAGAUGGGAGGAGGAAGGGCCACUCGGCGAGAUGAGAAAAUCGGCCGAAGUCGGGCGAACGUUAAGCAACGGUCGACCGGUGAAUCGAAAGCGAACUCGUUGGCCGAGGUUUGCCUUUUCAGGUCGCGAAAGAUGUUUGGCUCGCGUGCGAGCGAUAUCCCUAAACGACCUUGCCGCGAGCAUGUCCCACGUUACGUACACCGAAUGUGCAAUACGUACGCGUACGUUCUCGCGCGAGUUAAUCCGAGUUCGACUCGAUCCGAUCCGAUCCCCUGUCACACCUUACGAUAUUAUACGAUACGAUGCGAUACGAUACGAAACGACACGAUACGAUACGAUACGCGUUAUUAUCGUGGAGCGGAUCACGACGCGGCUCGAGCGAAGCGUUGCGCCUACCGGAUACGAGUCGUGGCGAUCGACACGCGCGCGGCUACCGACAACGCGUCAACAACGACAACAGCGAUAUCGUGUAACGAACCCGACGCUCGGUCGAAACAGAUUCGAACGCUGUCCGUUACGUGGAGAAAAACGAACGUAAGGUUCGAGUGGAAGAGGAGAUAUCGCGGAGCAACGGUACUCUUCGGCUUCGUGCUCGUCCCGUGGCGUUGCAACGAGCAGCGAGAGCGGUCCUCGCGUCAUCGAAGGAGCCCCGCGUCCUACGUAGUAGGCGAAAUUUCUCCGUAACGGUCGCGAGGCGAUACCCGGUCGGAGGACUGUGCCAAGCGAGGUUUCCGCACGACCUUGCACUCGUUACGCGAAAGAAAGCAAAAGCGAACGACGCGGUUGCAGUUUGACGUUCCGCUCGUUGCAAACAGGACCGUUUCUCACUCGUCUCUCCUUCGUCCAUUUCCCUCCGCUGUCCGUCCAAUCUGCUCUCCUCUGUUUUUCGUUCUUCGAUUCCUCCGUUUCGUCCUGCGAGCGCGUGCGUCGAUGAUCGCGGAUAGCGCGAUCGAGUCUUAAUUCCGCGUUUUUUUUCCAGAGACACGCGCGAAAACCGAUUCGCGCGUUCGACCGCGAUGUCGCGAGGUAACGAAACUAUUCGACGCGAACGUUGUUUGCACGUUCGGCGAUGACCGAGUGGAAUUUAAUAACGAGUGGCGUGCGACUCUGCCUCUGGUCUAGCUUUCUUACAGCGGCUCGUUGCAAGGGCGCGCUUCCACGAACAAAGCUAACAAGUAAAUCGUCGUGAUCGGCGGCGAAGGGGAAGACCGAAGCGAAGGCGACGCGCACAGCGGAACGAUAUCGAUGUCGAGGAUGAGGACGAGACGAUCGCUGUCGAAACCGUUGAUCCUAGUUGCGGCCCUGGCUUUCGUUUCGCCGAUCGGUCGGUGCGGCGCUUCGGAAAGCAUAAUAGUGUGCAGGAAUAUGUGCGCGAGGAAACCGAGAGGGACGUUGCGACGAUGGCUUCGCUGACCUAACACAACGCGGCUGGGGAAAGGCCGGCCGAACCGUCGACCUCCCAUAGAUAUUUGACCUUCGAUGCGCGCACGAUCGAUCCCACUGGAUAUCGAUAGCUGUGUAUCACGAAGCCGAGAAACAUGCGACAUCGAAGGAGAAGAUUUCACCGUGGACAAGAUCCCGAAUACCAGAUGUUUCAACUGUUUGUGCAAGAACGGUUUCGUCGAGUGUAGGAAACAGCAGUGCCCCAGCAUCGAGGGUUGCUACACGUUGCUGGAACCACGCGAGGAAGAGUGCUGUCACAGGUGUAAAGGUUGUACGCGAAAUGGAGUCCAUCAUGAAUCCGAGACGGAGUGGAUCGAGGAGAACGAUCCGUGUAGAAUCUUCACUUGCAAGGCCGGAGUGAUCACGGAGUCUCGACUGCACUGCUAUACGCCUUGCGCGAAUCCUAUUCCGGCCGCAGCCGGCCAAUGCUGCCCGGUGUGCGCAGGGUGCAACGUAAACGGACAGCUAGUGACGGCAGACAGAUCGGUGACCACCACCGAAGAUCCCUGCGUUACUUGCAGAUGCAACGCUGCCGGUCGAUUAACGUGCGCGAAACAGGCCUGCCCGGUGCUACAUUGUCCCGGCUCGAAGAUCGUUCACGAUUCCGGAGAAUGUUGUCCACGUUGCAAAGGCAGUCGAAGAUACUUGUCACCGCCGAAAGGCGCGUGCAUGCUGGGAACGGGUAUCUACAAUUCCGGCAAUCAGUUCUACCUGGAUCAGUGUACGCGGUGCAGCUGCUCCAAUUCCACCGUCUCCUGCGUUCGAGAAACCUGUCCGGUACACGACUGUCUGGCCGAACAUCAGAUCGCUGUUCCCGGUCGUUGCUGUCCCCAGUGCUCCGAGGUCGAGGAGGUCCGACGAUCUUGCACCUACGCCGGCAAAACCUACGGGGAUGGCGAAAGUUGGAAGCUUGACUCGUGCAAGGCAUGCGCCUGCAUGCAAGGUAAAGUACGCUGCGCGAUGCCGAUGUGCCCACCGUUGAAUUUGCCCUGCCCUCCAAACUCCAGAUUGGAACAUCCGGAGGGUCAAUGCUGUCCCCGUUGCGUGGAAAGUGACGGAGUGUGCACCGUUUUCGGCGAUCCGCACUAUCGUACGUUCGAUGGCAAGUUUUAUAGCUUCAAGGGACCUUGCAAGUACCAGCUAGCCAGCGAUUGCUCGGGACACACGUUUAGCGUUCGAGUGACGAACGACGCCAGGUCCACCAGAUUCUCCGCAUGGACGAAAACGAUCGCGAUCAAGGUAGGCGACUUGAAGGUGAAUCUCGGGCAGAAGAUGCGAGUGAAGGUAAACGGGAAGAAGGUGGAGAUACCGUAUCGCAUGGCGAACCGGCUGGACGUGAAUCGCACGACGGACAGCAUAAUCGUGAGCACGCAGAUCGGAAUCAAGGUUCUGUGGGAUGGGAUCAGUUUCCUCGAAGUAUCGGCGCCGACUUCGUACAGGGGACGGCUCUGCGGUCUCUGCGGCAACUUCAAUUCCCUACCAAAGGACGACUUUACCAAUCGUAGGGGCAAACUGUUGCAAGAUCCUCAACCGUUCGGUCAAUCUUGGCUAGUGGGGGCCAAAAAGAGCUGCGUCAGGCCAAAGCCGAGCGUGAGCCCGGAUCGGGCCAAACGUUGCAGAGGACGAAAAGAUCACAGGUUAUGCAACAGGCUGAGGUCGCAGAUCUUUGACGCUUGUCACAAGAAGGUGAACCCGACCAUGUACUACAAGGCUUGUCUACAGGACAUGUGCGAAUGCCCGACCGAGAAUUGCUACUGCGAAUCGUUCACCGCAUACGCGCACGAGUGCAAAAGGCUGGGCAUUCAAUUGCCGCACUGGCGAAAAUCGACCAGAUGUCGAACCGGUUGGGACCAGUUCUCGGGAUCUGGCCCAUCUCUCGGUCCGCGUUUUCCUUGAUCCAUGCGUACGUCCCCUCCUUGUCCUUUCUCUCGAGCGUCGAGAAAAAGAGAAAAAGAGAGAGAGAGAGAGAGAGAAAGAGAGAGAAAGAGAGAGAAAGGUGUCCAAGGCGAUCGACGUCCCGCGACCGCGAGAAAACGAUCGUUCGCGCCUCUUCUCCUCCCGGUCUCUGUCCGCGUUUGCCGGAUUCGCGAGCGAUCGCUCCGCGAAAUUCUCAGCUAGUCACCGCGUUUGUUAGCCGCGACGAACCGAUCGAUUCGCACCGCAGACGAGCAAACGCAUCGCGCAUCAUCGUACAACUACUGUACACCCGCGUCCCGUCGACGAUCGCCCUCCUUCGUCCUCGCGAGUACACGACGUCUCCCUUCCCUCUCCUCAUCCGAUCGCGAAUCCUAUCGAGCUCGGACGAUUCCGAAGCACCGUGCAGUAUUUCGGCCGAUGAGCAGGCUCGCGGCAUAUCGUCUACGUACCGGCAUUCGUUAAAUCCUCGAUAUUCGUGGAUUUAAGCCGACAUCGCGUAAAACCGCGAUACCACUCCUACCUUCCAUCCUUUCUUUCACGCUACUCCGCCUCCCCUUCUCCUCCUCGUCGUCGUCGUCGUCGUUUCUCUCUUUUCUUCGUAUGUAUAUAAACGUGCACGUUUUUACGAUUAGAUGUUCGAUCUCGACGAGACGUCGUCGACUGUACAUAAAUACCCCGGACCAGGCUCGCGAAACAGCGAGUCGAUUCUUCGCGGGACGUGUUUCCACCGCGAUUUCUAUAACUUUGUUCGGUUGUCUCGCGUCUUUAUUACCUCCUCUACAUUUCGUCGUUACUUUUCUCUCGCAUCCUGCUCCUACUACUCGUUUUCCUAUUCGUUUACGUUACGCGUCCAAAUUGUACAUAGUUCGAGUAUAGACACGUGCGUACGCAUACGCGCAGCGACACGUAUAUGCGUCUACAAGUUCAACUAUAUGGACAUGGCCGUCAACGUCUCGCGAAAGAGUCGCAAAUAUACCGGAGAUAGUCCAAAGCCUUAGCCAAUUUGUAUCGACUAUAGCAUAGAGAUGUUCUGGCACGCAUCGAGUACGAACGAAAUAAAUGAGUUAUAUUCGUAAACUUGACGACGUUUUCAUUGCAUACCGUGACAGAAAUGGAAGAAAAACGAGCUCACUUACCACGAUUCAGGUUCGUAUCUUGAGUUCGAGACGCAGUCGAAUGUUCGAGGUGAAAAUAGCGCGUAAUCGGUAAACAUAACCAUGUUCACCAACUGGUCGUUCCCUUCGCAGUUGCCGCGCUGCGCGAUCCUUUCGUUCGGCAGCUGGCAGCAAUGGCGCGCGCGCAGAUUCACGUCUUUCGAGGACCAUGUCGCCGUAUUUUAAACGAAAACCGAUUUCGCGUAAGACAGAGUAAAACACACACGACGAACGAGAUAUCGCGCGUGUUUAAUCCGUGGGUGAGUCCGCGAUGGGAACGUGCGAACGAUUUACAUCGCUGAAACUCUCGUUAGCCGGGAAAACGAUUUAGAAAGCAAAGAUCGACGUGCUGCGCGAGACACGAUGGUCGAGGACGCGAAACACAGCGAGGAAAUCGUACACCGGUACAUCGCGACGCCGAAUACGACCCCAGGUGCGUAUCGUCGUACGAAACAUCAACGACGACGAGGUCGACGGUGAACACGAUCUCGUGAUCUUCUGGUAAUUUCGACGAGCGAAUCGUUUACCGCGUUUCGAGCGGUUCAACUUUCGUCGACGCUUGUAGCGAGACAAGUGGCGUCUUCUCGCGGACGGCAACGUCGACCGAAAGAGUGCGCUGCCAUUGCCAGUGCGUGUGUUCCGAUUGGAGCAACAAAUACGCGGUAAGUUCAAACGAGAUUCUUCGUAUACGCGCAGUGGUUUUCAUUGUCAGUGUACGUACGAGUAAUUUUUCUCAUGACACGAUUCGAAACUUUUAUUACGACAUUAUAAAUGCAGAAAACAUUUUAAAAAUAUGUGUGUACGAGCGAACGUGUGUAUAGUGUUAUACGACGUGUAAUCGAGAUAAAAGAACAGAAUUACAACUUCGAGAGUGACCGGAACUACGCGGAUUACAUUCGCUACAUUUCCAAUAUCCCCGUCCUCUUCUUUUCUCCUUAUUAACGUCAAUUUUUCCGUAUUCGAACAAACAAAUUCGUAAACCUUUUCGAUCUAACCACUCUGUUUCGCUACUUGUGCAAAGAUUUCCGGACCGCGGUCGAAUCUUGAGCUUCGAAUAUUCGAGCGUCGUUAAUUUCAAUUUCAUGCGCGAAAAAAAAAAAAAAAUCACGUAGCGGCGAUCUUCGCGUUAAAAUCGAGGUACGCGAAUAUGUUUGUUCGUCGCACUGAAAACUGCGCAAACGGUACCGUUCUCUAUCCCUUAGUUUUAAAAUGUAAGUUUAUCGAGAACAGCGAACGGAGUGCGAAGGAUAAAAGGGGUAUAGAAAAGGAGGUCAGAAGCAGAAUCGGAGAGGAAACAGUCGACUAUUAUCCCUAACCGAGAUAAAGAAAAAUCGAUAGAAAGACAUCAUUUUUUUUUCCUUCUUUUUUCAUUGUUUUCUUUUAUGGAGAAAAAAAACAAGAAAAGAAAGAGAAGGACAAAAGAGAUAAAUCGGCACGACGAUCGUAAAAUCACUGUGUCGCCUCGCUGGAACACCAGCGUCGAACGAAGCUUACGUAUGUAUUUAAGUAAAUACGCGCGCUAUCGCAGUCUCGACGAAACAACGAAAACGUAAGCACGCAGGUACUUACGUCGUUGAGUACCGACUUGUAGGGCGAUCGAACGCUACGUUUCUAGUUUCUCUAUUAUUUCGCUUUCGAAAUAUAUUUCGCGAAUCGAAUUGUUCGAACGCUUCGCUAAUCGAUGGCUACGGUUCUCGAAAUCAUCCGACGAUUAUCUUUGGUUAACGUUCCUUUGACGACAACGUUCGAAUGUCGCGUAGAGGCUAAAAGAGCGUUACGAAAGGUGUCACGGUACAGCGAUGGGAAAAAGUACUAUCUCCUUUUCGACGACGAGCAACGAGAGGAAAGAAGAAUCGCCAUCGCGCAUAGAGCAAAUUCUUCGUCGAAUUUCAUUCUUCUUUCUUUUUUUUUUUUUUUUUUUUUGUUGGUCUUUUUUCUUUUUUUCGUACAAAAA